AUGCGCAGUGUUCCGCAACGAGAGCGCGGGAAGAGCAUAACAGGGUUCAACUUGGUGCUAUCUCUUCACUCUAGUGUCUUGUCAGUGGACACAAAUAUUGUGCCGCAACAUAAAUUUUUAAAUCUAUCUCGCUCUAUCCCGCGGAACAAAUACUUGCGAUGGAUUGUGGCCGGGCUGGUGCUCUUAGCAAUCUCCGCGGUAUUUGCAGACGACGAGAUACGGGAGGAGCGGGACCAUGAAGUCCUCAUUCGUAACGAGAGGGGAGCUAAAAAUAGAGAGACUUGCCGAUACGUCAGGGGGUCAUGGUCCGAUUGUGACCCGAAAUCGAACGUACGAUCCCGUACUCUUACACUGAAGAAAGGCGACCCCGUUAGCUGCGAGCGGUCAAAGACAAUACAAAAGAAAUGCAAGAAAGCCUGCCGCUACGAAAAAACUUCUUGGAGUGAGUGCAACCCUAACGGUGAAAUGUCGCGCACCGACAUGCUGAAGGCAAAUAGCGACCCCACAUGUGACCAGAGUCGUCGCGUAACGAAAAAAUGCAAUAAGAACAAACAAGUGAAAUCCACCAAGGACAAGGGUCGCCGGAAUCGCCAGUAA